CUUCUUCUUCUUUCUUCUUCCUCCCCCCACUAUUUCUUCAACCUCACACACACACACACACACACACAAAUAGAGAAACCAGACAGAAGAAAAAAAAAGAAAGAGUUCAUUUGUCUGAAGGCCAGCAGCUAGUUGGAACCGAGGAUAAAUGGUAACUGCUGUUUAAGGUUGUUGUUUUGGAUCUAUAUACUCUUUUAUCCAAAGCACCAACAACCGACGGGGUAAUUAAGGUACUAUUAUUAUUAUUCAUCAUGAAACACAAAGAUGAUGAUGAAAAACCAAUCAUUCACCCAGAUAAAAGAUCCAGACUAUUUCCAAUGUCGAUCGUGUUCAUCGUUCUAUGCAGCUUCUCCUUCUAUCUUGGAGGCAAUUUUUGUUCUUAUAACAAGAACAACAACAACAACAACACGCACAGACUGUUUGAUGAUUCUCCAAAGAAAGCAGCAGCCAUUGCUAUCACCUCUGUACAGAAGAUUAAACCAAUUUCCUUCCCUCAAUGUUCCAUUGAUUAUCAAGACUAUACUCCCUGUACAGAUCCAAAGAGAUGGAGGAAGUACGGAUUGCAUCGGUUGACGUUCAUGGAACGACAUUGUCCGCCUGCCUUUGACAGGAAAGAAUGCUUGGUUCCACCUCCAAAGGGUUACAAGGUUCCGAUCAAGUGGCCGCAGAGCAAGAAUCAAUGCUGGUAUCGGAAUGUGCCCUACAAUUGGAUCAACAAAGUUAAAUCAAAUCAGAAUUGGCUAAGAAAAGAAGGGGAGAGGUUCCUCUUCCCUGGCGGAGGAACUAUGUUUCCUAAUGGCGUCAGUAAGUACGUUGAUUCGAUGGAAGCUCUCAUCCCAGAAAUGAAAGACGGUACAGUUAGAACCGCCAUUGAUACCGGCUGUGGUGUUGCUAGUUGGGGAGGUGAUUUACUUGGACGUGGUAUUUUGACUCUUUCACUUGCGCCUAGAGAUAAUCACGAAGCUCAAGUUCAAUUUGCUCUAGAACGCGGAAUUCCUGCAAUUCUCGGCAUUAUCUCAACUCAGAGACUUCCUUUCCCGUCUAAUUCGUUUGACAUGGCUCACUGCUCCAGAUGUCUCAUCCCCUGGACUGAAUUCGGUGGGGUUUAUCUUCAAGAAAUACAUCGCAUACUUCGACCGGGAGGAUUCUGGGUUCUGUCCGGACCUCCGAUCAACUACGAGAAUCGUUGGAGAGGAUGGAACACGACAAUCGAAGCGCAGAAGUCAGAUUUCGACAAGCUUCAAGAUCUACUAACAUCAAUGUGCUUCAAGCUGUACAACAAGAAGGAUGAUAUUGCAGUCUGGCAGAAAACUAAAGACGGCAACAAUUGCUACUCGAAGCUAUCUGAACCGGAAGCCUACCCGCCCGCCUGCGACGACAGCAUCGAACCGGACGCGGGAUGGUACACCCCGCUCCGACAUUGCGUCGUUGUCCCAGAUCCUAACCUGAAGAAACUCGCGUUAAAGUCGAUUCCCAAGUGGCCGCAACGCCUCCAUGUCGGUGCCGUUCGCGGCGGAAACGAGGGAGCGUUGAAGCAGGACGAGAGUAAGUGGAAGAAGAAGGCGAAGCAUUAUAAGAAGCUGGUCCCGGCGCUUGGAUCGGAUAAGAUUAGAAACGUGAUGGAUAUGAACACUGUAUAUGGAGGUUUGGCUGCCGCUUUGAUAGAUGCUCCUAUAUGGGUUAUGAACGUGGUUUCUUCGUAUGCGGAAAACACGCUCGCGGUUGUCUAUGACAGAGGACUGAUCGGAACUUACCACGACUGGUGUGAGGCAUUCUCUACUUAUCCUCGAACAUACGAUCUUCUUCACCUCGACGGCCUCUUUACGGCGGAGAAUCACAGAUGUGAGAUGAAGUACGUGUUGCUGGAGAUGGAUAGGAUUUUGAGGCCGAACGGGUACGCGAUAAUGAGGGAAUCGAACAACUACGUGGACGCGAUUGCGAUAUUGGCGAAGGGGAUGCGAUGGGGUUGCCGGAAAGAAGAUACUGAAAACGGCGGUGCUGGGAAAGAGAAGGUGUUGAUUUGCCAGAAGAAGAUCUAGUAUGCCUCAAACCAGAGUUCAAGAUGAAGAUGAUGAUAUUUAAGAAAAUUAUUAUUAAUUAUAUAUAUUUUUUAAACAAAGCUAAAUAGCAACUGUACUAUUAAUUAAUUUAAUAUUUACAUCUUUUGAAUUUGGAAAUGUAAUACAAUAUUGACUUUAUUAGAAUGAAAUGCUCUUAUAUA